GUCCAGUCAACAUUAUAUUAGCGAUCUUAGUUGGACGUUAGUCGUUUGACCAUAUGUGUGUGUGAUCAAAACCGGUGCAAAAUGGAGAAGAUCCCGCAUCACUCGUUGAUCACUAUAACGGAGGAGACGGUGAGGAAAGUCCGAGAACAGAGUGGCAUAGAAGAUGUUCAGAGGAUCAAACAGAGCGUGGACAUUGUUGAAGCAUGGCUGCAGAAGCAGGACCACUUGGCUGAAGCCAACAAAUAUUUAAAUAAGGUUCUUAUAGAAAGAGUGUACCUCAUCGCGAAGGGGUCCAUAGAAGCAACAAAAAGGAGGAUGGAGAGAUUGUUGACGUCAAGAGGGAUGAUGCCAGAGCUGGUACUGAACAGAUCUGUGGAGGAAUUUGAAACGUUAUGGGAUGUUGUGAACUACGUACCUCUACCAAAGCUGCAUCCCACAGACAUGUCCAGAGUCAUGGUGACACAGUUCUUGACUGAAAAGCUCGAACCAUUCAGCAUUCUGUCAUACUUCAGAUACUGUUUUCUGAUCGGAGAAUACAGAAUAAGCUUUGACUACACGCCUUCAGAAAGAUACGUGAUCGAUCUGACUAACAUACACCUGGGUUUACUCAGCAAAUUGAACCCCAUCGUUGUGAAGAAAGCUGAGGUUUUGUGCACAGAAGGUAUCGGCACAAAAAUCAAGGGCAUCCACAUCCUAAACGCUCCACCUUUCGUUGACAAACUGGUCUUCCUACUGAAGCAGGCGUUAAGAGAGAAGGUGGCGAACAGAGUCCACGUCCACAGCACGUAUGAGGACCUUCACAAGCAUAUACCGAGGGAGAUGCUACCUAAAGAUUACGGUGGUGAUGAACCCUCAGUUGCUAAAUUGAGCGAGCAAUGGAAGGAACAUCUUAAAACUGAUGAAGCGAAACGCCUGAUCAAAGAAACUGAGAAAUUAGUCAGCGACGAAUCUAAGAGACAAACUUCUAAGUUUAAUGAGGAAUACAUGGGAAUGCCGGGAUCCUUUAGAAAAUUAACUGUAGAUUAAAAUAGUAUUUAAUUAAAGAAAAUUUUAGCAGUUGCAGUAAAAAACCAAUUAUUAUACAUGCCAUAAAACUAC